AUGGAACGCGCCACACGCUCCCCGCAGUCUCGCCACCGCAAGCGGCGCCUGCUGGAGGCCACGCAGCAUGUUUCGCCAUCCUCCGAGCGUUUGCUGGUUGAAAAUGUGGCGGCGCAAGUGACGGCGACGCAGAUUACAGUGGGUCUGAGCGAGACUGUCAACGCCUGCGUGCGCGUGUUGCGCAAUGCUAAGAACAGCGUAUAUCUACGAGCGCUGGCGGCGCGAGCUCUUGGGCUUCUGAUGCUGGAGAGUCGAGCACUGGCUGAUCGAUUGCGACUCGAGACCGAGGGACUGGUGGAUGCACUGCUGCAGAUCGUCAGCUACUGUCGAUGUAGUCGUACACAGACAGCAGACACCAGACGCGUGCAUGUCAACUGCUGCCUCGUCAUUUCGCUGCUCAUGCAAGCUCCGUCGCAGCAGCAUCUACAGUUAGUGGUGUCGUUGGACUCGGAUCUGCUGGUCUUACAGCCGCAGCCCACCGAGCGAGAAAGCGCGAACCUUCUACUCACUGUUGCUGGUCGACCGGAAAGCGGGGAUACAAUGGAUGAGGAUGGUCGCAGAGUUAAGAAGAAGAAGAGGAGACAAGCUGUGCCAUCUCCACCUCGAGCUGCGAGGAGCCCAAACCAGCAGUCGCCACCGCGCCAACAGCGCCGCAAGGUCGCAUGGAAUGACGGCAAUGGAUGGACAAUCACCGGCGAUAAUUUGGCUGCUAAUGUUGCUAGGCGGAAAACACAGAGUCGAAUACUCAAGAUGGAGCGCCACCGCCUGGUGACACCGAUAUUUCCUCGCCAGUACCCGCAGGAUACGCCGCUAAAUCCGUUGCCGCUUAUCCAGCCAACAGGAGGUCAUCGUAUGUUUGGAGGAGAUAUGAUAAAGGGGCAAAGAGACCAAGAAGAAGAAAUUCAAGAUUUAAAGCAAGCGGAUGCUUCUCAUCCUCACUCCGCUUCAGAUACACUCUUGCACCCGCAGCAUAUGUUGCAGAUCUUUCGCACUGGUCGAAUGCCACUCGCUUCGCCAGCGUAUUUUCAACAACAUUUACAAAACGAUGACAGAGGUGGGAAGGGUGGAAGACCAGUACCUAAUCGACUUCGAGUUACUCGUUGGGAUCAAUGGAAUAAGGAUCGCCUACAAGAUGAAGAUGAGAGCGAGCAUGACGCCAUGCUGGCCGUAGCUGUGGUGCCAAGAGGUGAUGACACUGGUAGAAAGGGAGAUAGAUUAUCAAACGCCGCUCCAACUAGUCCAACAACCACAAGGCUGAUGUACUUGCGAACUGAAGAGCUUGGACCUGCGACGCCAGCGUUUAAACGUCAGAGAUUGCGACAAAUCCUAAGUUCUCCUGUCGAUUCUAACAAGCACAAUGUAAAACAAUUGCGAGCACUCGCUCAGGAAGUGAAUACAUCGGUAAUGACGUCGCUGGGGUCUGAGAUUGUUCGAGUCCGACACGAGGAAAUCCGUACGCGGCAGGAAAUGCAUUCGAUGAUCCAGCAAGAGCGCGAGCGACUGCCACUCAAGUUUCUCUUUCAGUUACCUGGAGGUGCUGCAUACUGUCGACAUCGAAUGCGGCGUGCUAUGGCGCUUUGGAUACUCGAGUUUGAAGAUAACCAGCGUCGCAUGGCUCUCAUGCAGUGGAAAGCAUUCGUAGAGCACGCACGUUUUCUUGAACGUGGCGAGGAAUAUCAUCGCCAGGCUACUAAAAGGCGUCUCAAAGGCGCCUUUGAGUACGUCCUACGCGGUUAUCAGGAACAAGGACUUCGCAAGUGGAUUGAGAUUACACAAUUACUCAUCUGGCAUGACCGAGACGCUGCAGCGAGGCGCAUUCAAGCGGCAAUCCGGCGGCAUCAGGGUCGGGAGCGUUUCGUUGCAUUGCACCGCCGUCAUCCUUUCGCAAGCCCUGUUUUGCGUGAUGUUUAUCUUGCACCAGCCCGUCCAGAUCUUCUCUUUCGGAUUCCGAGCGAAGUUCGUGAACACAGGCGAAAGCUAUGGCGAGCAGCUGACCGCGUGCAGUGUGCGUAUCGCUACCGUCGGUUCCGUAUUGCACUCACUCGCUAUCGGGCUGCAGCCGUUAGAAUCCAGGCGUUGCAACGUAUGCGUGCAGCUCGUUACAGGUAUCACCACAUUCGGCGACAAAUUGUCCUGGUGCAGGCGCGUGUCCGAAUGCGUUUUUGUCGCGACGUGUUCUUAGUCCUUCGGAAUGCGGCGCUGCUGGUUCAAGCAGUUUUUCGCUCCGUGCGAAUGCGACGACUACGUCGAUUGGUUCUUUGUGCUCAGCGAAAAGAAAACGAGCGUGCGUUGUCCAGCUCCGUGCUACUUCAACGGGUUGCUCGUGGAUUUCUGGGAAGAAUUGCUACUCGUGAACUUCGACUUGUCCGUGACCAGGAGUGGCAUGCUGCAUUGAUCUUUCAACGUUGCUGGUACAGGCGAAAUAACGAGUGGUCAACAUUCCUGUUACUUGGAUGCCUGCGUGAAAAGGAAAACGAAGAGCGGGCAUUCGAUUCCCAGGUACUGGCCUAUAAGCGCAAUCACAUGGCGAGGAGAAUUCGCCGCACGUGGCAGGCAUAUCUAGCUGCGAAGCGGAACAAAGCUGCAGGACUCAUUCAGCGAAAUGUUCGUCGGCGUUUAGCCCAUCACUGUGUCGAGCUCCUGCGUCGUCAAAAAAUGGCACAUCGACGAAUCAAAUGGUUCUUUCGUAUCCAUCACGCUCACCGUAUUCGCACAGCAAGUUAUCUACAGUUUUGGUGGCUCAAGUCGGUUCCAGGACGAUUUCGACACCAUUUGUUUGUCCGUCGAAUUGAGGAAGAACUGGAAGACAGGCGUCGUACGUUUGAACUGGAGAAGAACGCCGCAUCACAGAUACAAGCAAUUGUCCGAGGGCACAUCGCUCGGCUGAUCGCAUUACGCGAGCGCUCUGCUCACUCGAUCCAGCGGGCGAUUCGAGUUCACUUCAUGCGCAAGCAUUUCAAGGAAGAGAUGGCUCGCAUUAGAAGUCUGGUUUCGAGUCAAACCGCGGACUGUUGCAUUGAUACAGCAAUCUUUAAGAUGGUCAACGCCACGAUGAAGCUGCACAACGCUUCAGCGUGUGCGAUUCAGCGCAUUUUUCGUGGUUGCCACUGCCGAAUGCGCGUGAUGAGAGAGAUCGUUUACAUGGAGUUACGAGCACGUAUGGCAGUGCGUAUUCAGCACAAGUGGCGGCAAAAUGCGCAUCAACGGGCAGCACGAAAGCUGUUGCAAGCUCAGCAGCGCAAGCAAUCGAAUCCAUUCCGAACGGAAACAUCCAUGAGUCUCAUUGUCAACAAAAUGCUGUCUGCGUCAGCUGUAUUCUACGAUCCAGACGAUGAACUUCGAGGGAUGUCAGUACAAGAAUGGCUGCGUCGACUAGGUCUAGGUGCGAAGUACGGCGAAUUGUUCCAGAAGAAUCGUUGGAUCGCCUCAGUCGACUCGCUCGAAGUAUUGACGCGACUUCGUGCGCUGAACUUCGACGCGUGUGAAGAUAAACUCGAGAGCAUUGGGAUCCAUGACUCUGAGGAUACGCACAUGAUGUUAACCAACUUGCUCGCUUAUCAGACGAUUCAGGACACAAAAAGACGGCGCAAGGAGUUGGCGCUGGCCCGAGAAAAGCAAGAGCUGCUGAAGCGAAAUUGUGACUUCGCUCAAAAGCACCUCCACGCGUGUAUUGACGCCCAGCAGAAGUGCAGCGAUGCUCUGGAUGAUGCACUUCAAGAGGCGAAGGAGUUCCGGAAUCCACCUAAAGCGUUACGUGAUAGACAAGCUGCUCGUUCUCGCGAGCUUGAGGACGCUGCCAAAAGGUCAACUGAAGCUCAUGAAAAAUGGGAAUUGUCCACAGCAUUACAAUCUGCACAUGCACGUGAGGUUGCCAUAUCUCAGCAACAGCUCGUCUCACAACAAGAAUCCAAGGAGAUCUCAGCCGUACACAGUCUACGCAGUCUGACACUCAUCGACCAGCUCAAUGUAGCUCGCGAGAUCUUUCUGGAGCGGUUUCCUGGCUUGGAUGCUCGCGCGCUCGCAUUUGUCAGCGCUCUCGAGGAGAACCAAGUUUCGAGAUGGCAGCUUCAGCGCUUCUUCGACACAUACACUACUGUCUUUGAGGUAAAGCAGCAUGUGAACGUGCUCACGUUCUUCUCUUUCGAGACUGAGGUGAAGAAGCACAAUCAUGUGAGAUUCGGCCAAUGUGCAGACAUUUUACAGUAUGGUCUUGAGCGGCUAGCUGAGCUGCUUGGGGUUUCCAUGGAGAUGAUGGUACUUGGGGUUAAAGAUGCCGAUGGAACAGGCGGUGGUAGACACAGCUUCAAGGAGCGCUUGAUGCUGGAGCAAAUUAUUCUUGAUACGGUUGCAGCGUCCACUAGUGCUCGGGGAAAUCAAGAAAAGGCUCGGAUAUGGCGAGUGGGGGCUGCUACUAUUGCCAAAAUGAACGCAAUAGCCACGAAAAUACAGAGUCUGUGGCGUCGACGAGCUCAGAGCAAGUUAGUUGCUGAACUCCGGGUCAAUCAACGCCACAAACAAGUUCGCGAGCAGUAUGUUGCCGAGUUUCAUACUGACCACGUUACACCAUUUUGGCAGUCGGAGCGCAAGAAGGAGCAGGAAGCACUGGAUGCUUGGCUGGAGGAAGAGACAAGGACACACCGAUUACGACAGCUAUAUAACAUCAUACGUUAUCCCUACAUUGAGGAAUGGGAUGACGAGACGCAGGCUUACGUGUAUGCAAUUUAUUUGCAAAUUGAAGACUCGACAGUACCACCGGGUGAAGAAGACCAGCAGACAUUUGAAGUAGCUCAGACCAGGUACUACGUCACUGGCAAACCCACUUACACUAUUGAGGAGGAAGAUGUGGCCAUCAGAAUUCAAGCCCAAACACGUCGCUUCCUGGCUCAGCGCCAUUUACAAGAGCUGCAGCGCUUACGCCGUCGUGAGCGGCGGCGUGUUGCACUAGAAACAGAAUGGAAUAGCUCUCGGCAAGAGCGAGGGCAAUUGCUUACGCUCAGAAUCCAGUUCGAGCUUCGCAACAAUUUACAAGUGAGGACCUGGUUGGGUUCACGAGUGAAGCCUAAGCCUCCUAAGCCAACUGUAGUGUCACCGACCAAGCGUGAUAGCAACAACAGAAAGGUGUUCGAUCUACCCACAGCAGCAAAGAUAAAGUCUCCAACGAAGGCUGCACAGAAAGAAGACACCAUAAAGACCAAUGAGGCUGACGGGGAAAAAGCAAAACGGCGUGUUCGAGUGCACGCUGCUUUAAAUGUCGCUAUUGACGCCCUGGCACCUACCUACCAUGACAGUGUGCGUGCUGAACAUCGCCGCAACUGUAGUUUCCCGCCGAACUCACGUCCUGGCAACGCACACGGCCGUGCUAUCAUUCGUCUAUUGGAAGAUCUACCCACUUUCUAUCGUUUAACUGCGCCUGAAUUACAAGUUGCGAGCAAGCUACCAUUCACUAAGAUGGCUCUACGGUUUGGUUGGGAAGAAGUGCUGGCAAAAGCGGUGCCAGCGGUUAAUACGCGCAAUGCUUCACGAUCAUAUUAUUUCAACAAGAACACUCUCGAGACAUCAUGGGAACGUCCCGAUUAUUCCUUCAACGAGCAGGUCGCAGCUAUUCGAAUCCAAGCGCUUGCUCGCAUGCUCUUGGCCAUCAACGCGCGUGUGAGGGAACUUGCUGCUAUUUCGUUCGUGACUACCAUUCAGGAUACCGUCAAACAAGCAGCACGAGUCGGUUGGGUGGGCUAUUCACUCGAGGGUGUGACGUCAGCUGUGUUUUUGAGUAGGUUUGGCCUCACCAAGUACGUCACGUCAGCGUUGGGCCAAUCCCCACUGAAGGAACUAUUGGCCACAGUAUCGUCCGAGGAAAAGGUCAAGAGCCUUGGCUGGAGCAAGGAAGAAGUUAGUCUUGUGUCGUAUUUUCCCCGAAUCCUGUCACGCAGAUUCCCACGAAGCUGCUCGAGAGAGACAUCUGUUCCUGCCAACGUUAAACACCCGUUCAAUAUUCUACCAAGUGAGCGUGUGAUCUCGCAGCUCGUGACCCAGAGUUAUCCAAACCAGCAAGGGCGGGUUGCUGGCCUACUCCGUGCGUUGCGUAACUCGACGACUCCAAUCUCAUAUCGACAGCUAGAGAUGCACCUUCGUCGAUAUGCAGGUCGCCCCGAUGACGCAAUCGCUAAUGUUGGCGAAGUCGCCUCACUUGUGACAAGCACACGGGAACCACAAGAGAAGGCGAUCUUCGUGUUGUAUCUCCGUUGUGCUGAGCGCUGCGUGGUGUAUGCCGCCAAUCUCAAACUUAAAACACUUCAGCGAGAACUCUCGACUGUGUUACGAAUGCCCCGACGCUUAUUGUCAUUCCCAGUUUCAUCGCAGUCGCCUGUACGUGACGAGGAAAUUAUCGGAACUGCUACGUCAAUAGCUGCCAUGCCAGUCGUUCCCAUCUCUCCUGCAGAGGAAGAAGGAUGGCUGCAGCAAGCUAUGUCUAGAUAUCCAAGUCGUGCUGUCAAAGGCCUUUGGGAGAAUGAGGUGAAAUCAUCGUUUUCAUAUGCCCAAAUGGCUCUCUAUCUGCGCGAAGAAGCACUUGAGCGCGUGCUUGUCUGGGAGCGCGCUGCUCUGCUGUGUCAGACAGCGUUCCGUAUGCUGCGUGUGCGUCGUUGGUAUCUCGCUAUCCAAGAAGCGCGUGCAAGAGCAGCAACCAUUAUCCAGUGUGCAUGGCGAGCAUUGGGUGCGCGGGAAGAGCGUGCAUUGCUGGAGUCUCAACAGCAGUCACCGUAUGAGCAACGCCUGGAGAAACGCACGAAUACCUUCUACUUCGUCUACAUCCCUACUGACGAGAAAUUGCUCGAGGAACCUCGAGACGAAGUCACCGGUGGAAUUCUGCCGUAUCGUCCCAUGGUGCAGGAUCGUCUUACAAAAGGAUGGAUGUUGGCUUGGCCACACUUCACGCCGGCUUCUCGGAGAGCCCGGACAACUAAACCAGUACCUGGUGCUGAGACUCCAUGGGUCGCUUGUAGUCUUUGCACUGCGGAACGCGCAGCUCGCCGCUGUAAUGAAUGCUACUCAGCCACCGGCGACUAUGUGGAUUUCUGUCUCGCGUGCUUCUACGACCGGCAUUUCUCCACUGCAGCAGCAAAUUCCGGUAGCUCUGAAGACUUGAGCUGGCACACUUACACGGCGUUGAAUCCUUUGCGCACGCCAUUCUUUCGAUGUGUUGAGUGUACCAGACCAUCGAAUCUUCGUUGCUUGCCUUGUAAUGAGCAUUACUGUGAGCGCUGCUUUACUCGUGUCCACGCUCGAGGCAAAACACGGUCACGCCACGCGCGUGAUUGGUAUGCAGCCCAUGCUGCUGCCUGCAUCGAGUGUGAGAUGCGAGUGGCCAGCCAGCGAUGUCUCACUUGUCAGGAUGCACUGUGCGAAACAUGUAUGGCUCGCACACACGCUCGCGGUCGACGUGCAGACGGCAAGGCGCACUCGGUGGAGUUGCUUCCGCAACCUCUAGAGCCUGGUGAUGCUUAUUGCGAGCAGUGUCACGCACGCCGCGGUGAUGAACGUUGCGAGUUCUGUGGCUGGACACUCUGUGCAGUCUGUCACUGGAGCUCUUCAUCUUCAACUGGUGUUCGUAGUAGUCGACAUGCCCUUGUGUGUGUGGAGACGGCUUUAGCUGAAAAGCGACGCGAGUUGCUGGGCGAUCGAGGCUUGUGUGUAGAAUGCGGCAAAGCUGCCGACCGUGAAUGCGUCACGUGCGGAGAUAGCUACUGUAGCGUCCGAUGGAUGGGGAACGCUGGAUGCUUUGAACGCUUCCACAUCAAGGGAAAACGCUCCGAUCACACGUUCACGAUGGUCGAAGUGCCGACACAAAUGCCGCCAGAGAUACUGGCGCUUGAAGAACAGGUUCGUGUGAAACGACGACGCGAUGCCGAAGUGGCUGAACACGAAGCUAAGAAACUAGCAGCAGUUCUUCUUGAAGAGGAAGGACCUGCAAUGAAGAAGACGGCUAGGGCACGCCAAAAGAAGAGCAAAAAGAAGAAGCGUUCACCGGCGGACGCACCUGACGGGAAGAAGAAUUGUGCUGUCUCGCAGUGUCGACACCGUGCGAUUGUUCUCGACAUUCCUGGAUUAUCGUACUGCGCCGAGCAUUUCACUCUUCAGCACGCGCUUGAGGCUGCUGGGAAAGAUCCUCUGGAAGCUGCGCGGUUGCUGACGCUGGUCGAAAACGGCGGUGGGCGUGUUGUAAAAAGCCACAAGGCAGGGUGGAGGAAAAUCUUGUCGGGGCAUUUCUUCUCACGUAAGUAUCGCAUCGCCAAGAAACCUCGGAAGGUGAAAGAGACCUCGACAAGCUAUCAGGCAGAAUCCUCGACCACUACGACAACUUGA